GGUUAAGUUACGCACCGGGACACAGACUAAUUUCAGCGCCACUGUUUAAGUUACGUGCCCUGUUUGUCACUAAUAAUAACAGCCCGACUACCAAAGACAGUGAAGCAAGCUCCUCUGAAGAAAUUUUCACGUCCGGACCUCAAAUGAAAUGGCAUUGCUACUUCAACGGCUAUUAGUACUAGUCGUUUUCUUACCGGCAUGCUUUGGCCAGAGGGAGGAAGUGCUCGUCAGUCUUGAGGUAGAACUACUGGAGGCUUUUGCAAACGCGUCCGUUGGUCGCAUCGUUGUAACGAAGAACAUCAACUUCACCGCGGCCGCAUGGGACAAGUACCCUCGGCCGCUGCCCAUCACCCGCAACGUCACCAUCAUGGGCUCGGAGCUGGGGGUGCUGCUGGACAUGGGCUGGCUGAAGAAGCGGGUGACGCUGGUUGCGGCAGUGUGGCUGGAGUUCAGGAACAUCUCCAUCACGCGCGCGCGAACACCGCAGGCGCUCACCAUGCCGGGACUGGACAUCAUCGACAUCAGCCCCGGCAGCUUCCAGUGCUUCAGCGACAUGCUGCUCAUCGCGGACGCCUGCCUGCCCAUGCCCAUCUUCCUGCGGGGAGGGGCGCAGCUGGAGAGACCGCUGGCCAUACCCAACGAAUACGGCAACUUGACGCAGUACAUCGCCGAGUGGGCCGGCGGUUGGUGUCUGCCGGGCCCCUUCGGGCAGUGUUGGGAUAAAGCAGGGUGGCUGAUCGACGUCGGGCUGGUUGCUAUGGUGUACGGUACAACCUCGAAUCCUGUCAGCAACGGCGUCGUACUGUACCGCAACUCUACCUUUGUUUGCAAGUCUAGCAUUCCCAUGGAGUGCUACGCUAACGGCCUUAACGCCGCGUGCUACCAGAACGCAAUCGACACACUCGGACUAACCUACACGGCGAGUGUGGACGUGGGGGGCGAUGCGCCAUCGCCCAGUGGUGGUGGCUCGCACCUGCGCACCAUUCUGCCAGCCAGCAUCCUAGGCAGCUUAGGGCUGCUGCUGGUGCUGGGUACCGUAAUAGUGCUGCUGGUGCUGUCUAGGAAGCGGCGCAUGCUAAGUCGCGAGGAAAGCAAGGACCCAGGUGACCCACGGGUCAUCAAACCGCCAGACAGCCUGCCCUGCGCCCAGAUUGCCACCGGCCCAGCCGCGCGGCUGGACGGAAGCAGCUCGGGCCGUACUUCAGGAGGUUGCUGUGCCGUCCAGGCAGCUGAUCCAGCAGCCGUCCGGGCCGCCGCCUGCAAGCCCCCCGCCGCCGGGCCCCCGCUGCACCUCCACCCCCACCCCCACCUGCCCCCAGGCAAAGGGGGCUGCACGAACGGUAUCACCACCACCACCACCUUCCUGAAACACUCGACCUCCUCCUGCGUCGUGUGUGACGCGGAGGUCUGUGAGGCCGACCCGCCACACCUGCAUGCAUGCGAGGGGGUUGCCGGGGCGGACGGCAGUGGCAGCGGCGGCGGCGGGUGUGCUGGCGCCGCCGCCCAUGCGGGGCUGUCCACCUCAGAGGACCUGCACACCUCCAAAACAGGAGCAGCUUCUGCUGCUAGUGCUCAUGCUGCUAGUGGUAGUGCUGGUGCUAGUGGUGGUGCUGCUGUUGCCACUGCAGCAGCAGCCAUUGGCGAGCUGCCUACCAGCCCCGUUGCUACCCCUGCUCCCACGUACCUCACCAGCACCCCCGGCGCACGCGCCCUGCGUGCCCGUGGCAGCACCAGCAGCAGGAGCACCGCGCUGGGGCUCGUCUCCCCCGCCGCCUCCUACUCGGCAGCGGGUGCGCCCCUGCCGCUGCCCCUGCCCAUGGCCCUGCAGCCGCUGGGCAGUGCCCCCGCUAGCAGUGCCUCCCUGCUGCCCGAGGGGGCCGGCAGGGGCGCCGGAGGUUGCGGGGGGGAGGCCGCUGCAGGUGCUGCUGCUGCUGCGGCUGCGUUGACGGCGGCGAUGAUGGAUUCCGUGGAUACCGUGAUUACCCGCACCACGCCGGUGGACCAGUCCAUCAACAUGCAGAUGCGGCUGGGUCACGACGUGCUGCUGGUGGAGGGGGCGGUGCGCGGCAGUGGCGGCUUCGGUACCGUGGUGGAGGGCAUCCUCACGGCGCAGCACUGCCAGCAGCAGCAGCUGCUGCUGCAGUCGGGGGACAUGGGCGGGGCUGCGGCGCCUGUGUCUGGUGAGGAGGCUGGUGGUGGCGGUGGUGGUGGUGGCGGGCGGCGUGUUGCGGUGAAGCUGCUGCGGGGGCUGGAGGCGUCCUUCGGCGACAAGGAGGUGGACUCGCUGCGCAAGGAGGUGGAGGUGCUGAGCCGCUGCAGGCACCCCCACAUCGUGCGGCUGCUGGGCGGCAACCUGACCCUGGGGCCCGACAUGUUCCUGGUGGAGGAGCUGCUGGCGGGCUCGCUGGACAGGGUCAUUCACAGCAGCGGGGGGCCAGGCGGGCAGCACGGGAGGGCAGGGGCGGCAGGAACAGCGGGAGGGGCAGCGAGUGUGGGCGGGUCGGUUGAGGCGGAGGAGCUGCCUCUGGAGCGGGUCCUCCGCAUCGGUCGCGACGUGGCUCUGGGUCUGGCCUACCUGCACCCCACCGUCGUGCACCGGGACCUCAAACCCGCCAACGUGCUGCUGGACGAGCAGGGUACUGCCAAGCUGUCGGACUUCGGUCUAGCUCGCCUCACAGCCGCCAGCCUCGCCAACACAAGUCCGGAGGUCGGAUCCGUGCCGUACAUGGCGCCAGAGUGUUUCGGCACGGGUGCUCAUGAGGUGUCCCACCGCUCCGACCUGUACGCGCUGGGGGUGCUGCUGUGGGAGAUGGUGGCGCGGGUGCGGCCCUGGAAGGGACAGCACUACAUGCAGGUUGCGCUCGCCGUGUCCAUCCGCGGCUUGCGGCUGCCCAUAUCCGCCAUUGAAGACAAGGCCCCCCGCAGCCUGUGUCAGCUCAUCGAGGAGUGCUGGCAGGAGGACCCCUACCGCCGCCCCUCAGCCCUGGACGCAGCCAAACGCCUCACCGUCAUACUACAGGAGCUGCAGCAGGGGCAGGGCCAAGGACAGCAGGGACAAGGACAGCAGGAACAGCAAAGCAGCUCCGGCUCCGCUCGUGAAGAUGGCUCCAACCGCCUCCUAGCCGGGGAGCUGCCACGAGGGGGCGACGGAGGCAGGGCGGCCGGCGGGCACCCCGCCGGCGGGCCAUCACGCCUGUCCUCCCCGCAACUCCACUCGAGCGCGUCUCGCGGGACAGCAGAUGCCACGGCGGCAGCGGCAGUGGCACCGUCGUCACUCCUGCAUCAGCGGGCCUCCGACCCGACCAUGCUCAAUGGGCCCCUCCUGAUCCGCAGCUCGGAGGUGAAGCGUGUUGGGUCCGCUACCUGUGUCCCGGUGGGGCCGCCCCUGGCAGGGGGGGAGGCAGCGGCAGCGGCGCCGAGGAUAAUGGCAGCCGCAGUGGCGGCUGCUGCUGCGCCGGCGGAGCUGCCUUCAACACCGCCGCCGCCGGCUGCUGCUGCUGCGGCGGCGGCGGCCGGCCCGGUGGCGCCCCCCCUGCAGCAGCCCGCCAUGCCGCCUAGUCCACACGUCGUGGCCCCGAGGGGAGGAGGCGGCAGCGAUGGCGGCGGCGGUGGUAGUGGCGGCGGUGUUGGUAGCCCGCAUGCGUUACGGGUGGCGUCACUGCGCCGUGUGCACCAGGACUGGGUGAGAUCUCAGCUGGAGCAGGGCGGCGCGACAUGGCUCCGACCGAACACGUCGUUGCCUAUGCAAGCAACAGCGGAUGGCAGCAGCAGCAGCAGUAGCGGCAGCAACAGCAACAGCGGUAGCGGCGGCAGCAGGGAUUGUGGGGCCCCAGGGCUGUUCAGGGUCGCAUGAAGGGGGUUUAGUGGACUAUUCGUGUGCUGUUAUGGUGGGCUCCAUUGCACCCGACGGCGGGGGCUGGGGCACUUGGCAGCAACAAUGAAGUGUGCGAGUAUGCGUGGAUUGCGAUACUGGUCAACAACCAACGAGAAACUAAGAUUUCCUUUUCCAUGUUUUCCCCGUUACAGCUUGGGUGCCUGCUUGCUUGCUCGGUGGAUCCGCGCGUCAAGUAUAUUAUUGUGAUGUCGAACAUUAUGCAGGGGAGGGGGGGGGGCUGGUGAUGGUGGCAGAUAACGUUCGGACCGGGACUGCGUCCAACACGGAUGGUGGGAUGUGAAGUUCCCGUCCAGGCACAUGCUGCAACUGAGACGGGAGCCGCUGGGUUAGCGAAGGGCUCGGCUCAUAUGCAAUGCACAUGCAAACAAAGAUUGGACGAGCGUCCGUUGAAGAUUGAGGGAAGGAGGAGCUGGCCACGCAUGGUUAGGAUAGCGGCAUCAUCGUCGGAAGAACCGUUCUGUACAUCGUGGGAUUGCAGUGUGCAUGUGAGCGACCGGGCUUGCAUGCCAGGAAGGCGAAUAAUGUGGACCCAGUAAGGGGUCGUUCCUUGGUCGCAGGCGAAUUGCAUGCUGCGUUCCUUCAAGCUGUGCCGUGCAAGGCGCGGUGCAGUGCAUUGCUCGUUGCAGGCAUGUUGUGAGGCAUCGCGUGUGCACCUGUUUGCACAUCCUAGGUUUGUUUCCAAUUUCUGUCAAGAGAAUGUCACCAUGAUCCCUUCAUGAGGCCUGUCUUGGGCCUUUUGUUAAGGUCUUCGUUCGGGUGUCGCAAUCGGUGCAUGGGCAGGCCGAAGUCGGAGGCUUGGGUUCCCAGGGAGGUGGCGGUGGAGAGCGCGCCUGCAUGUGGUGCUUUGGUGUCGUAGUAACCCCGCCGCUAGCUUAGCUUCCCUUACGUCUGCAUCAUUUGCAGUGUUUAAGAGACCACAUGUGCGCAUGUGUCCUAGGCAUGGUCACAUCACGUCUCUAGCUGCAAGGACGACGGCACUGGAGAGGCAGCAUCGCAUUGCGGACGCGAAUGAGGCUUGUGCCGUGUUUUUGGUUUGGUUGUUUGUGUGUCAGCGGGUUCGGUCGACACCCGCCCAGCGUUUGAACCUCGACCGUGUAGUGUGUGGUUGUUACCGUGUGUGCUCGUAUGGCACCCAACAAGGCGCACGAUUUGUGCCUAACCUUGGAACCUGUGUUAUAGGAGAGGGAGACAUGGAGACCCUGACGACACUGGCAGAUAGAAGGACAGAUGCUUCCUUCCCGGGUGGGCAGCUGGGGGCCCCAGAGGCGGAGGGGUGGAGGCACCGCUUGUUCGCGCGGUGUAGGUUGCGGGUCGCCUCGUUGUGUUGCUGCGAGGUGUACUUGCAAAUGAUGAUGGUGGCAGUGGGCACUGGGUCGCUGUUCGUGUUUGUACUGGCCGCGAGGAGGAAGUAAGAACAUACCGUGAUUGGGCGUGUGUUAAGAAAACUGGCCGCGAGUAGGAACGUACUGUGAUUGGGCGUGUGUAUACGGGCGGACGUGUGCUUCGCAAUCUAGAAGCUGAUCCGUUCCUGCGUGUGUUUGGACGUGUGGUUCGGCGACCGGGCAGAUUAUAUGGACAGAGGUGCCAUGGGGGGGGGCCAAUCUUCAUUGAACUCUAGUGCGUUGUGUACGUUUGCCUUGCCUAUCUUUCGACCGUUGGUUGUUUUCCAAUUGGUAGUUGCGUUGGGUGGCCUGCUACUUCCUCCGGGUGAGAGCGCUAAGGACUCGUACCCAUACCUGUAGCUGCGAGGGCGAACCUUUUCACUGGCGCCGUCCUUGUCUAAAGACAUCGGCGAUAAUUGGGCUGUUGGGGCUCCAUCACUGACAAGCUCGGUAUGUGUGUAUGUUGGGGAUUACUUGUGGGGCAGUCCAGGGGUUACCUACUAUCGCUCCAUCUCGACGGCGCCAAGCGCCCUCUUUCGAAGGGUAUCAAAUAUGCAUGUGGAAAUAAUAUAGUUACCGUGAAUUUAACGGAAAGAGGUUUUCCACAUUUGUCCGGAGGCGGGUGCUGCGGCUGCUGCUCUCCAAGUGCAUGUGACCCCUGUGUGGUUGGGGGGCCUCCUGUGUGCCUUGGAGUUGGCAGUGGAGUAAUAACACCAAUCAUCAGAGUAUCUGUUGGAGGUGUGUGCUAAGCAAUUGAGGUGUGUACUAAGCAAUUGAGGUGUGUUAAGAAAACUGGCCGCGAAUCGGAACUUGUGUGUGUUAAGAAAGCUGGCCGCGAGUCGGAACGUACUGUCACGUGUCACGUGGCAUUAAUUGUUGCGAGGGGGUGCUUUAGCUGGCCCUUAGCUGCUUGGGGUCCCGUCCAGUAAUCCACACCCCGUUGUUAUAGGUCUCAGUGCUUUGUUCGUGCUGUGCGGCUGUGACGACGACUGUGGAUGCAAGGCCGAAUUGGGCAUGCAGUACUACCUUGUUCGUGGGAGCUGCUUUGGCAUGGGGGUCGCAUCGACACACGGAAAGCAGGGAAUGGCAGGGCCCUAUGUAUGCCUGUUCAGUCGAAAUGAAGGUGUUACCGGUAAUGGACUUGCGGCAAUGGUUUCGAACGAAGGUCAGUGACGAUGGAAGCGGGGUCGCUGACAAGCGGGGUCGCGGGGCUUACGCUGUGGAAUCGUCCAUGUACGGGCGCUGUUGGGCAGUCGAAUGGUGAGCUCCCAGGUCACGUGUUGCCGCAUGGAUGCAACCUCGUUUUGCGCUUACCGUAUGUGGGGGGGGGAGGGGCGCGUGGAGCUGUGGUUGCGGUCAUGCGGAUGUGUCCUGCUAACUGUGGUGACCACACCGGGUCCCAGCGUUGAUGGAAGGUGAUGGAGAUGGCUGGCACUUGGACAGUCCAGAGCGUGUAGCUGUUAUGUUGGCCAUGCCGCCGCCAAGGCUCUGGCAUGGCAGCGGCAUCGCAAUCAUCCACGACACUGUUGUCGCAGGCUGUUCGUAAGCUUCGCUAUGCUUGCUUGCUCCCAGGCGCCGCGGAAGCGCGGAUCCUUGAGCCAGGGGUGGUGCAUACGUGCAGAUUAACAGGGCAUUUGCACCAAACAACAACGCGGUACGAAAACGCUCCGAACUUGUGGCUGACUAAUGGGAUUGGGCCGUGCACACGGUUAGGACUUCGGAGCGUGUUUGAGUACCACGCAGCCGGACAAUGGCGAACUGUUAACCUACAUAGUAAACGGUAGUUGCUUCCACAUCCUGCCCAAUGCCAUGGCGCAGCCCUCCACCUCAAAGCGAACAGUCGGUAGCUGGGAAAUCCAAGAAGUUAUUGGCUCAGGGUCUUUUGCGAUAGUAUGGAAGGCGCGCCAUGUCGUCACCGGCACACUCGCUGCUGUGAAGGAAAUUCUUGCGGACCGUCUAAACAAGAAGCUCCACGAGUCGCUGGAGUCGGAAAUUCAGGUCUUGCAGCGUCUCAAGCAUGCCAACAUUGUGGGCUUGUUAGACCUCCACAAGGAGCCGGGCAAGAUAUUCCUUGUCCUAGAAUACUGCGGAGGCGGCGACCUGGCGCACCACCUCCGCCAGCGCGGCCCGCUCCCCGAGGCCUCCUGCCGCUACCUGCUUCGUCAGCUGGCUGAGGGUCUCAAGGUGCUACGGCAACACAACAUCAUACAUCGCGACCUGAAACCGCAGAACCUGCUGCUGUCAGACACCGGUCCCUCGCCCACCCUCAAGAUAGCGGACUUUGGGUUCGCGCGCUCGCUGCAGCCCGCAGGAAUGGCUGAGACGCUGUGCGGCAGCCCCCUCUACAUGGCCCCAGAGGUGUUGCAGCUGCACCGCUACGACGCCAAGGCCGACCUGUGGAGUGUGGGCACCAUCCUGUUCGAGCUGCUGGCGGGCAAGCCGCCCUUCAGCGGCGCCAACCACUUGCAGCUGGUGCAGAACAUCGAGCGGGGCGAGGCAGCGCUGCCAGAGAGCCUGGCGCGCAGCCUGUCGCCGGGGUGCAGGCAGCUGCUGCACCAGCUGCUGCGACGGAACCCCAUUGAGCGCAUCUCAUUCGACGAACUCUUCGCCCAUCCCUUCCUGCUGGGCGAGUCCGCAUCCGCGACGGCGGCAGUGGCGGGAGGCUCGAACCCUGGCGCCGCCGCCGGCGCAGCACCAGCACCAGCUCCGUCGUCCCCUGUCAACGCCAACAGCGGCGGUACAGCGGGUGGUGGCGCGCAACCGCAGCAACAGCGGCGCUACACUCCCACGUCGCAAGGUGCCGUACGGUUUGUACAGCCAGUGAGGUACGGCAGUCCGGUUCACCCGGCCUUUCACGGCCCCAACACGUCAUCAUCGUCCUCGCGAGCGCCGUCGCCGCUGCUGCCGCAAGGAAACGACUCGGCUGCAACAGCCGCAGCGGCGGCGGGUGGUACGAUGACCAGCGGGGCGUCGACGACGGUUGGCGGCGGUUGCAGUAGCGGCGGUACGACAGCAAUGACUGGGAUCCAAGUACGGGAGCUCACGCACUCGCCGUCGCCACGGUUGACGGCGGUUGCCGCGGCCGUGACGUCAGUGUUUGCGAGCGAGGGCAUUGCCGCUAGAGCUCCCUCUGCCGCUGCGCCGACGGCGGCGGCAGCAGCAGCACGGGCCAAUGUGCAGUCUGGGACCGGCAGUGGCGCCGACAGCAGUAGCGGGCCCCUUGCGGAUUCGCUUGACUCGGAUUACGUGGUCGUAUCCAGCCCCACUGCGGCGCCUCGUACGGCUGCCGUACAAUCGGGUCCGAAGGCGGCGGCGGUAACGAUGGCAGCUGCUACUGCGCCGACGCCGCGCACGCCGCAUCCAGCAAUUGCUGGCGGUGGUAGCGACAGCGCCACCGCUCCGGCAAGGCUCCCGCCGCCGCCGCUGCAGCAGCAACAGCAGCAGCAACAGCCUUUCUUGUCACCCAUCGCCGCCGCCACCCUUCCAGCGAAAAGCCACGGCAUGACUUACCUAGCCGGCGGCGCCGCCACCGUCACGAUCCGCGUGCCGGCGCCAGGCGGCGGCACCGACGCUGACGGCGGCGACCCCUCACUCGUUCCGCGAGUGGUUGGGAUUCUACUGGAUUCGGCGAGAAAUCGAAUCGGCGCCCUUUUGGACCAAGAGGCGGAGGCGCAGCAGCUAGGAGAGCCCAUGGGCGGCGGCGGAGGCGGCGGCAGUGACGUGACGGCGGAGGCGGCCGCCGCCGUCGGCAUGCUGCUGGUGGCAUGCCGCCUGCUGACGGCGGCGCUGGCCGCUACCUCCGCCGCAGCCGGCGCCGGCGAAGGCGACGUGCCCCUCCCAGGGACUGUCCCAUCGCUUGCGGGCGGAGGAGGAAUGCCCGCGGCACUGCUGCCGGAUGCUGCGGUAGUGCACCAGCUGGGAGAGUCUGAGGCGGCGGCGGAGGGGGCAGCUGCCGUACCGCCUUCUCCUCCUCCGCUGGCGGCGCUGGCGGCUCAUGCGAGGUCGGCUCUUGCGGUCCUUGACGAGCACUUGCAUGGCGGCGUAACGCGGUUGCUGCAAGGUAGCGGCUCGGACGCAGCUUCAAGCUCCUUCUCACCAGCAGCCGCAGCCGGGGCAGGCCAGUCGCGCUCCACAACCCCAGCCUCGCCGUCCCAAGCAGCAGCAGGAUCGCCCCGGCAACUGCCCCCCGUCGUCCCCUGCGGUCUGGACAGCUUGCUAGCGCUUGUCGUACAUUUGGGUCGUACCGGGGCGGGCGAGGAGAUGAUUGGCAACGCGGCGCUAGCAGCGGAGCAGUACGGCAAGGCGGCGGACGUGCUGCUGUUUUUGCUGGGGGCGCCGUCGCCGCAGGCAGCAGCGGCGGCAGCGGCAGCGGCACAGCAGCAGGAGGAGGAGGGCUCGGGUGGCGUGCAGGAGCGUUUGUUGCUGGAUACGGCCGUACGGCCGCCGCUGACGCCGCACGACCGGCAGCGGCUCACCAAGUACUACGCCGCGGUGCGCGUAAGGCAGUCCACCGCCAUGGCUGCGGCGGGGCCCUCCGCCGCCGCGCCGCCGUCACUGCCGCCGUCACUGCACCCGCUGUGGCUGCAGCACCAGCAGCAGCAGUCAUCAGACCUGCCGUUUUCCUAUCAUCUACAACGCGAACAGCACCCGCAUCACCCCCAUCAGCAAUACCCGCAUCAGCCCCAACAGCAGCACUACUACGCCGGCAUGCGAGGCCAGCAGCAUGCGGCUGCAGCAGCCGGGGGCGCCACGCGGGCGGUGGGGGCGGCGGCGGGGACACCCGGGGGCGGCGGCGGAAGGGGCGAGCUGCCGUACGGCUACGGUAUUGCUCACAACCUACACAGUGGUGCAGUGGUGUGCUGAAUCGUUGGGGCAGGUUGGAGCCAGUCUUCCAGAGGUGGCGGGGUUUUGUACUAGUAGCAUCUGCCUUGGGUGAUGUGCAUCCAAGGUAGAAUGGUACGUUGCUAAUUUUGAUCCCAGCCGGUAGUUGCCUCGUUGCUGGGUGUAAACGCCGACAGCGCACAUCCCUGUAUAAUACGUAGUCCGGUUGUUGCGUAGUGCGGUUUUCGGUGUGUUAAGAAAACUGGCCGCGAGUAGGAACAUACUGUGAUUGUCGGAAGAUGAAGUCCCCACAGAACCGCCGCAGGAGCCGAGGAACAUUGUAGCGUAUGUAGAUAUAGAAGUCCAGUACUGGUGCUGAGAAUAUGUAGGACGUAAGAAGCACUCUCGUAAAACGACCGGACCUAAGGCCCGUAGUAGUAAGUUGAUAUGUAUGUAGUAGCUGACAGUCGGUGUGUGUGUCUGGAUCCAGGCUGUCGGAGUGCUUUUCGGAGCGUGUGUCUGGAAGCCCAUGUGCGUGUGACUAAGGUGAGCGACUGAGCCUUUACGAUUAGAGUGAUGGCAUGUAUACGUGUACGAUAUACCACUUACUACCUUCGCUUCACUGCGUCCUGCCUGUUUUAAGUAGGCAUGGGCCUGAAAGGUGCUUGCUUCAAGACCCAACUACAUCCGUGCGCUUACCGGUAUGUUUACAAGACUUGGCGCAAGG